AUGGCAUUAAGGCGUAUAUCUAAAGAGCUAAAGGACUUACGUCUUGAUCCUCCAACCCAGUGUUCAGCUGGACCUAUUAAAGAUGAUCUGUUUGCCUGGCAAGCCACUAUUAUGGGACCUGCUGAUAGUCCAUAUGAAGGUGGGAUAUUCUUCCUGGAAAUACAGUUCCCCACAGACUACCCUUUCAAACCCCCUAAGAUCAGUUUCAUGACGAAGAUAUAUCAUCCGAAUAUAAAUCUCAGUGGUCAUAUAUGUUUAGAUAUCCUCCGUGGACAAUGGUCUCCUGCCUUAACAAUAUCAAAAGUUCUACUCUCAAUUUGUUCACUUUUGA